AUGCAUAGAAGGUUUCGAAGGUUGGACUCUCGUGUGACAUCAAAAACAUCAUAUGCUAGUGAUAUGAAGAGCUCAAAUAAAGCAAAAGCUGCUAAAGUUUUUGGAUGUGAAAGAGAAAAAGAAACAGCAGGCAAGGAUAUCUUGAACAAACUGAGGAGAGUAGAUUUGGCAGAGCAAGAAUGGGUCGAUAAGAUUCCAGACUGUCCAGUUUUCUGCCCAUCAGAACAGGAGUUUGAGGAUCCCUUAGUUUAUCUGCAGAAGAUUGUUCACGAGUCACAAAAAUAUGGAAUAUGCAAAAUUGUUUCUCCUAUAAAUGCCUCUAUUCCAGCUGCUGUUGUCCUAAUGAAAGAGAUAGAAAAUUUCAAGUUUGAAACUAUUGUACAACCUCUUCAGUUUUCUGAAUGGAAUGAGGACAAUGAAACAAUCUAUUCCCUCAGAGGCAGAAAAUACACUUAUCGUGAUUUCGAGACUUUGGCGAACAAGGCCUUUCUCAGUCGGUUUUACAGUUCAGGAAGUCUUCCUUCUCCGUAUGUGGAAAAGUUAUUCUGGCAUGAGAUGGAGCAUGGAGAGAUAGGAACAGUUGAGUAUGGAGUCAAUGUUGAAGGGAGUGCUUUUUCAUGUGAUCCUGAUGACAAGCUUGGGAAAAGCAAAUGGAAUUUGAAGAAUUUCUCCAGGCUGCAGAAAUCCACAUUGCGGUUCAUUGACAGAGAAAUUCCAGGAAUAACUGAUCCCAUGCUUUAUAUUGGAAUGCUAUUCAGCAUGUUUGCAUGGCAUGUAGAAGAUCACUAUUUAUACAGCAUUAACUAUCAUCACUCAGGAGCAAAUAAAACUUGGUAUGGUGUUCCCAGCUAUGCAGCCUCUCAAUUCGAAGAGGUCACCUCAGAUCAUGUGUUCCACAAUAAGAUUUUAUCAAAGCAUGAUGGAGAGGCUGGUGCCUUCCAAGCUCUUGCUCAUAAAACAACCAUGUUUUCUCCAAAUGUCUUGAUUCAACAUGGUGUUCCAGUUUACAAGGUCUUGCAGAAGCCUGGAGAGUUUGUCAUCACCUUUCCCAGAGCAUAUCAUGCUGGAUUUAGUCAUGGAUUUAACUGUGGAGAAGCAGUAAACUUUGCAGUGAGUGAUUGGUUUCCAUUUGGGGCUGAAGCUACAAGGCGAUAUGCACAUCUUGGAAAGAUGCCUAUUAUUCCCUUUGAGGAACUUCUUUGUAAUGAAGCAAUGCUGAUUUACAAGGCCCCAAAUUUCAGAGGCUCAAGUGACAAAUUUGAUUUGCAAUCUGACCAUGCUACUAAACUGUCUUUUAUGCAGCUUAUGCAAUUUUACUACGGAGCUCUUUCAAGACUGGAAAUUUCAAGCGAGUUUUUAAGUUCUUCAAAUUCCCUAGGUACUGUGGUAUGCAGCCUCUGCAGUAGAGACUGUUAUGUGGCUUUCUUUCUCUGCAAGAACUGCUAUACUCAUCCCAUUUGUCUUUUCCACGAAAUUGAGACUCAGACUUGUUUAUGCGGUAGACCGUGCACACUUUUCAAGAGAGAUGAAAUGUUGGCACUGAUAGAUGCUGCCACAAGUUUUGAACUGGAAAAAGACAUCAUGUUGGAAUUCCAGAGAAAUAGUGGAGUAAAUGUACUGUCAAAGACAUUCUUUUAUAUUGAUCAAGAAAGCAUUCGAGAUAAUAAGAACAAUCUUUACCAUGAAGAAAGAAUUACCGGUGGAACUGUUUCUUCUAUGGAGAGAGCAUCAAGUUCAAAAAUAAGAGAAGAGGACUCUAUUGAGCUCAACUUGGAAUAUAAUAAGGAGCUAGUGCUGAAAAUUUGUGGAAAGAGAGGGCCACCAACAAUGAUAGAUGAGAAGGGAGCUCAAAUGAAGUCUAAAUUACAAAGAAAAUAUUCAAAUUUUACACAAAUUACUCAAACAGAAUCUUCCUCAGCUUAAAUCCACCAUCAUUUUCAUAAGGUAUUGUGUGGUUGACACUGGACAGAAAUUGAAGCAGAUAGCUUCUCUUUUCUUUCAUUUAUAAAUACACUUUAGAUAGAAUUAUAGGAUUAGCAAG